AUGCUGUCAUUGGCCAUUCCAUUUUUGUUCGUUGGAAUUGGAUGGGCCGCACCUGUUCAAGAAAAUCAAGAAGCUAUUUGGGCCGUUCUAGUUGCAGGAUCAAAAGGAUAUUGGAAUUAUCGACAUCAAUCUGACAUUUCGGCGGCCUACCAACUAUUGAUCCAGCGAGGGGUCCCUAAAUCACAAAUCAUCACAAUGAUGAACCCGCAUCGUGGAAAGCUCUAUAAUUGGCCGGGUGGUCCGGAUGUCUAUGCCGGGGUUGAAGUUGAUUAUCGUCUGCAGGACGUCAAUCUGGGCAAUCUGAAAGCUGUACUGCUUGGAGACGCUGGUAAUAUUACCGGAAAUGGGACUGGAAGAGUGCUAAAAUCAAAUAAGCAAAGCCAUCUUUUCUUCUAUUUCACCGAUCAUGGCGCAUUUGAAGCACUCCAAUUACCAACCGGGGAAUUGAUUAUGGAAAAUGAAUUCACGAAGUUAAUGAAGGAAAUGAUGGACCGAGAAAUGUUUGGGAGUGCUAUGGUUUUUCUCGAAGCUUGUGAAAGUGGAUCGAUGGUCGAGAACUGGGGAACCUUCAAUAAUGUAUUCGCAGCAACAGCGGCUUCAGCUACUGAGCCAUCCUAUGCGACGCAUUGCCUAGACUUUGUUCUAGAUACCUGUAUGGCUGAUGAGUUUUCUUAUAAUUGGAUGGAUACAGCAAGAAGGUUAUCUCCAAAGGAAUCCCUGGAAGGCCUGACAAUUCUUACUAAAGCAAAAACGAAAAGGAGCAAUGUCCAAGAAAUUGGUUCGCUUCAAAUGAAAACGCGGAGUAAUGGAGCCUACCUUGGUUCUCAUGUAUCAAAAACUCUUGCUCAACUCGAUUACAAAAACUACACAGCACAAGCCACUCAACCGACCUGGAAAAUUCCGCUUAUUCAAUUGGAAAGGAGAGCAGCUUCAGGGGAUAUUAAGCACGUACAAAAUUUGAGGAUAUUUACACAGAAAUUAUCAAAAUUGGAGCACGUUUUGGAAAAGCUGAAGCACGACCUGCCAAUCUCAAGCCAUUUUAAAUUAUCGUCCAAUAAUUUCGACAAAAACUGUUAUGGGGAAGCGCUUCAAGAAUUUAUCAAUCGCUGCUCAGACCGUGAUAUUGAUUCAUUUGCAUUACGAAAUGCCCGUAUUUUUGCAUCGGCUUGUGCUCACCAGGAGACCGCCGCUAUUUUGAAAAUACUCGAAUCCAGCUGCCCU